AUGCCCAGGCUUCCUGACGGACCGUUCUUCGGCGCCUCUGGCGUAUUCAUGCUCAACAAGUUUAUGAAGAGGAACGACAUAACGCCCGACGUCAAGGUACAAUGCUGGAAGGUCAUUGACAUCAUUUACGACAAUUUUCUCGACAGCAACGGAAACAAGAGGUCACUGGAAGUGAUAGAGAUGGUCCAAAAACCGUUAGACAACCCGACACUCACACUCCUUACAGGAGUCCUUUUCGCACGGGAGGUCUACAGAUGGUGCUCUUUCUUUCACGACGAUGAUUUGGGCCUGCUCGAUGUAGCAAUUGCAAAGUUGGACCAAACACAUAGACACUGCUCUUAAAUCUCUUUCGAUCUGGUUACUCGGUCGAGAAAUCUUGUCCCAUGGCAGCUAGAGGUACCCACUCCCCAGUAGCAACCAGUCAAUCACCAUGCCACCGACGCCGAUCUGAACGCUUGACGAUGUUGACACAGACACAACACCACCUCCAUGUCGUCUACCGAUCUUCAUAGUGGCCACCACCAUUGGCUCCGAGAGUCUGAUAGCACUUUCACCAUCACCAUCGACAUGAUGACCGUCCAAUCGUUACCAAGUCCUAAC